AAAACUAUUCCAGUUGCAGGUUUUAAUUUUUAUUCAACAUAUUGUUCUGUAAUUUACUUCAUGAUUACAAUUCACAUAUUACUGAAUAUUCACACAUGAUUUGUGACAGAUGAGGUCAUAACUUUAAGUGAACUUGUAACAGAUUAAAAGGGCCCAGAUGUAUGUAGGCCUUUGCAGUACUUUUAUAUAAAAUCUUUGAAGAUGGAAAUUCAACAAACCUGUCUAUCACAAACUAUCACCAUCGAAAACACAAACAAAACCUUCUCAACAGGUGCUGCAGUGACCAAGAAAAAGACAGGCAAAAAUGCAAUAAAUAGAAGAAGAUCAGCAGAUAGUCUGUUUGCUUUAGAAGAUUCUAUUACUCUAUGUAGAGUGAAACCAGAACCUGCUAUGCACUCAGAGUUAUUAAGUUCCAAGUUUUCUAAUAAUGAACUAGCAACAAGAUGUGAUUUAAAGACAGAUCAGACAAUUGUUGAAAAAGAUAUAAAGGUUACUGAGCAAUCUUAUAAACUUCCAAUGAGACAAUGUGCCAACCCACCACAGUUAUCUUAUUCCUUACAGACUAAGAAAAAAAGAACAAAUGGCAAUGAAACUAAAAUCAUCGAUAGUGAAUCGAAUAGUUUAAAAUGUGAACGAAAUGUAAGUCCAAAAUUAUUAUCAGAUUUAAAACAUGUUCAAAAAGAAUUGCCAAUACCUAUAACACCAAGAAACAAAAACAUUAAACAGUCAACGAAAAAGCAUAAAAAUAAUUCUAGUAACUCUAAUAAAAACAAUUCAAGAAAGAAAAAUAAACGAAAAAACUCUGUCAAUGGAAGUAAAACAGUGGACACAACCUAUCAAGGAGAAUUUAAUUCAGAAUGCAUGAACUGUGGUGCUAAAUAUAAAUCUUCUAACAGAUGUGUCAGAAAUGGUUGUUCAGAUUGUGUUGAUAAUACUUCGAAAAUGAAAAGAUCAACUAAAAAACAAACAAAAACUUCAGUGAAGAAAAAAAAUUGUGUUCAUUCCAAAGAAAUCAAAUCACGGAGAAAUAAAAAAAACCCCGAUAUUCUUGAGAAUGAUACCGAAAUUCAUGAACUGAACUCGAUGAAAGCAAAAAGGAUCUCUGAUGAGGUACUUGACCUCCCCAAGUUAGUACACAGAAAAAAAUUAAAAUCCGGCUCAUGUGAUUCUGAUCAAUCUUCUGUCAAGUUAGACCCUUCAAAUCUUAACAGUUGUGUGUCCGCAGUCACCGCGAAUUCAAUAAAAGUUGAGAACCCACAUGAACUAAUCACAUGUAGUGGUAAGAUCGAUGUACCCGACGCAAGAACCUCUAGAAAGAGUAAGAAAAGAUCCAUGUCUAGCGAUGAUGUUGUUCUAAGAAAAAGAUCUAAAAACAGUUUCUCAGAAUUAUUGGAUGCAAGUCCCAAACAAAGUAUAAAGGGAGAAAAUGUAUUUGAUGAUGAUCAGUUGUCACAAAAAGUUGGGACAGAAUUCAGUGAAGAUGAUUCAGAUGACUCAAAUUUUAUGUCCCACAGUAACGUAAGUUUAUCAGAAUUUGAUCCCAACUUGGAAGAAGAUUCGUGUGAGAAAUACAGUUCUGAUGACGAUCUCCCAGAAUUUUUACCUCAAACCAACGGAAUCCUUUACUCUCCAAAGGUGGAUGAUUUUGUGUGGGUGAAGUUAAGACGAUAUCCAUUCUGGCCAUCUAAGAUUCUUGAUGUAAAGAAAGUGAAAAACAAAGUCCGGUUAUUUGUGAUGUUUUAUGGUCACGACAGGAACCAAAAAUUCCCCUUAAUGUAUCAGAAAGGAAAUGUACUACCAUUCAGUACUACAAGAACAGAUGAUUUUAUAAAAUCUGGAAAGAAUCAGAAUGAUAAGAAGUUACAGCAAGUAUUUGACGUUGCUUUUGAUGAAAUAAAAUCUGAACUGACCCAGAGAGCUUUGAUGUCCACACCAACACCAACUGAAAAGAAGUCGUUUGAUUUCUCCGACAGUUUUGAUUCCAGUUUACCGUCCUUUACAGAAGAUACACAGGUUGAUAGCUUUAAAACAGGAAACAAAUCCAGUCAAACUAAAUAUAGAAGGUUGUCUUUAGAUGCAAAAGUUACACCCAAGAUGAAAGAAACGUACAGUAAACAACUGGAGAAGUUAAAGGAAAGGAAUGAAACUUUAAUAAAAUUUAUCCAAACUGAUAAAGUGAAGGAACGUCUGCGAGGAAUUUAUGAGGGCAAGAUUCCAAGUGUACGACAUUCAGAGUAUCAUACUUCAUCUAGUCAGAAAGAGAUACAUUAUGAAUAUUUAGAAGAUGAUAAUCAGAUAAGUGUGGUAUUGGAUACGCUUACUGAAUGGUACAAAGUAGUGACUGGACAAUCUUAUUUUAGUCUUCGUUAUAUCAGUGAUGUCUGGUAUCCGGAGGCCAUAGUAUUCAGCUUAAUGAAACUAAGGAAAUACCCCCAAAAGAAAGCAUGGGAAGCCUAUUAUAAGCCGAGAAAAACAUCAAGAAUUGGACAGAUUAUAGAACACCAAGAAAUGCUUGGGAAAGGUGAAAGUCUGGAGAGUCGAUUAGCGAAAUUAAAGCCACCCCCUAAAAAUAGUCCUUAAAAUGUCAUAAUGGAUAUAAAGUCCUAUUUUUUUUUUUUAUACGUCCACAUUUUCAUGUGGAAUUAUAUUGUCGUCCCUGUCCGUAUGGACAGUCCGUUCAUAUUUUGUUUGUAGACACUCUACAGGUCAAAUUUUUUUUUUUUAUACGAUUUUGACAAAACUUGGAACUAUAGGUCUAUCUCCCAAAGAUCUCGGUUCAUUUCGAUAUUGGCAUGUAUCAGAUCAUAACUUUGGGGAUUAGGGCCCCCGAUAUGUACGAAAAAUAACAUUUUUAUCCGAUAUAAAAUAUUGUUGAGUAUAUCACCGUUACACCAUAUGCACCCUGGAGUUUGAAUUUGUGAAAAUCGGACCUAAUUGCGCGCUGCUAUCUGUACGCAAAUAGUGUAAAAGUAUAUAAUAUCAAGGUUGUGGACCCUCUAGAGAUCACAAUUUUAAUCUGUAUUUGAAACAUAAGAUAUGUUUAUAUCCCUUAGAUCUUGGUUACUUUCAAUAUUCGCGCAUUUGUUUUUAACUUCCUGGAUCAUGGCCCAUGAUCGUUCGGCACAGGAUAAAAAUUGAUUUUUCGAACAAAGGGAUAUUGAAAGGGGCUCCGUCCUUCCAAAUUUCGUUUUUGGAGCAUCUCAAACCAUUCAAGACAUUUUUUGAAACUUUGUACACACAUUAACCUGUUACAGUAGUUGUGCCUUCAGCACUUUAGGGAUUUCUGGGAUUUAUACUUUUUGAGUUUCCAUGGAAACAAAUUUGACUUGGUUAUUGGUGUAAAAUUUUGUUUCUGGAGCAUAUUUUAUAAACCGUUCAAAUAUCUUCAUAAAACUUUGUAUAAACAUCAACCUAUUAUAGUAGAUGUGCCUUUUGCCAAUUUGGAAUUUCUGGGAUUUAAUCAUUUCUGUGAUUCCAUGGAAACAAAUUUGACUCGAUUCCAUGGAAACAAAUUUGACUUGUUCCAUGGAAACAAAUUUUGUUUCCAGUUUUGGUGUACAGUUUCGUUUCCAGAGCAUAUUUCAUAAACCAUUCAAGAUAUCUUCAUAAAACUUUGUACAAACUUCAACCUAUUAUAGUAAUAGUUCGUUGUGCCUUUUGCCAAUUAGAAAUUUCUUGGACUGUCCUUUCGUCCCAAUUUCAUUUAAGGAGCAUAUUUAUUAUCCGAUCAAGAAAUCUUUUCGAAACUUUCUACAAACAUCAACCUAUUAUAGUAUUUGAUUUUCUGAUGUAUAAGCUUAUUGUUUAACAUACAGCAGCUGAUUGAGGUAGGCAAAGGUUGCGCAAACCUUACAGGGAAUAGCAACCCUGCCUUACCGUCCUACUGUGAUCAGAUAUAUUCCAAGGAAUUGUUUUUCUUAUGCCUUCCAAACAACUGCAAGGGCUCGGAAUGGUGAUGACAAUCAUGUUUAGCUUGUUCUCUGUCCAUCUCUUCAAAAUGUGGGCGUAUAUUGCAUGGCUACCGCUUGUAUUCUUGUAAUACAACAAAAAAUCUUCCGGUUGCAUUUUAAAUCUUUUAAACUACCUGUGCCAACUCAGUUAGAAAUUCAACUAGUCUGUUUAAUUAUUUCUCAUUGCUUAAUCAGCGCGAAAUAGUACACAGAUGCUUGGAUUUAAUCCACUACCAAUAAAAAAAAUGGCAACAUAUACUUAGCUUGCAAGCAUCAUAGAUUGAUUAAAUUUCAAUUUAGCAUAAAUACUGCAUGAAAAUACUGAUUAUUCCUAUUAGGAGUUUAACAUUAUAGUUUGCAAGGCAUUCCUAUAAUGGUGAUUGACACAUUGAGCCUUUAAUUAAAUUAAUUAAUGCAAUAGAAACCAAAGUUAUCUUACUUACAAAUUGUCCGACAAAGGAUUAAGUCGGCCAAUCAAGGCAGAUUAAGUAGUUAAUCAAUUUAGGUGAGUAGACGGUGUAACAUGAUAAAAUAUGUUGAUCACUUAAUUACCUGAUCAAUCCAGCCUAUUAUCAUUGAUAAUCCAGUUGAGCGUAGUUACACUCAGUACACUAUAUUAAUUUAGAAUUUUGAUUAUUCACCAUGUCUUGAUGUCCGAUUGGGCAUAUUCCUGGUCGGACAAUUUAGAACGUUUGGAAAAUAGCGUCGACAUGUCCGGAAUAUACGAGCAAUAUCCCAUCACUGCUUACAAUUGAAUGUUGGAAAAAUUGAUUUACAUCAAAUAAAAAUUGUCCAUUUAUGAGACGUAGACCGCCAUCAUUUAGAAGUCAAUAGAUGAAUGUCAGGUGUUAUAAUACGUUUGACUUUGGUGUCACAGAUAUUAAAUAUGCCCUGUGUUUACCAAAAUACAUUUAAUUUUUUAACUGACAAAGCGCCAUUGAAUUUUUAAAUUUUCAUGAUUUUAGGCAGGAAUGGCAAAAUAAAAGUAGACAUUUACAAAGUCGUCUCAUAUAUGAUAAUCAAUAUUUCCAUCUAUUUCGCAAUUUUUCAGUUUUAAUGUUAAAAUUGACUUGGCCAUGCUUACGAUGUAUCAGAAAACAAUACAAUAUCAACCGUAGAAAACCUCUCAGUUGGAUAAAAAAAGAAAAGGGGCCAAUCUAAUGAUUUUAUCGGUACCGGGCUUGUUUUGACCAUAUCUAAAUGUUACAAAUUUUCAACUCCUUAAAAUAAUUUACUUAAUGCAGUUGAAACUUAAAAAUAACUCAAAUGGCAAUCAGAGACUUAAUUGAAGAUGAAAAAAAAAUAUUGUUGAAAUUUUAAAUAUUCAAUAUGUUUUGGUAUUAUUAAUAGAUUGAUGUUUAAAGGGGGACCGUGUAUGAAUAAGAACUUCUGCUUUGGUUUUCUUCUAGACAUCUUAUGUAUUAUGCAUUACAAAAAAAAAAAAAAAAAUCGGCAAUUUUUUUGGGGAGGAUGGUUGAGAAAAAUAUAUACUUUUCAAAAUUUGAUCAGGAGAGUAAACAGAAGAUAUUGAUACCAUUAGUGAUUGGUCCGUUUUAUGAUUUUAUUAAUUAAUUCUUCAAUGUUUUGUUUAUGAUGAUUUGUCAUUAGAAUUAAAAUAUAUUGACAAUCUUGAACUGCAGAUAAAAUGAUUCGCCUCUUAUACCAUAAUUAAUAUUGGUUAGUAUCAAAAUUUAUUUAUGUUGUUAAAUUUUAGAAUAUAUACAAUCAUUACUAUAGUUUUAUUUAUGAUAAGAAAAAAGAACGGUGAAUUUAUGACAUGUUGCUUAUUUAUUAUAAUUUAUUUUCAUCAAUUGUAAUUAUCUGUUUCUUUUUGGUUGUGUUUAAUAAGCAUGAAUUUUGUCGUCAGUGUAUCAGGGGUGUCCAAAUGUUUCCAGUCUCCCCUGAUUAAGCUGCAGUCAGUAUGAAGGGCAACAGGAUCAAGGUUCUUCUACAGUUCUGACCCUGCUCCAUGUAAAUGCAGCACACCACUAAAUGCACUAUACAAAGCAGCAGUGUCAUGAAUUUUCUUUGUUAAUUUUUGACAUAAACUUUUCAACUGAAGAUACUUAAUCACAACCCUGCAUUCAGUUUGCUCUAUUUGGGGAGCAACUGGUCAUGCUGUUUGACAGCGGUAGGAAAUUAUAUCACAUGUCCAGCAUAUGCUGAGAUACUAUUCUAGAGCCGAUUGAUUUGAGCUUGGACGAUCCGUUCAUGGCUAGGCCAGAAACUUUGGGACAGCCAAAAUGCAUGUUACAAUUUAUCUACUGUAGUUCUUAAACUAACUAGCUUUAAUACAGGAGGCCAAGUAGAAAUGUGACCCAUCAUAUCGAAACAGGUAGUAAGUAUAUGUAUCAAUUUGGCCAUAUUGAUUUACGCACAUAUCACAUUCCUUAUAUUCCAAGCUUCAUUUUGGUACCAUUUCCAGCUCCAUGUUUGAGAUAUCAGUUGGAGAUAUUUUCAAAACCAGUGGGCAUGGUUAUAUUUUCAUCAAAUCCAUUCUUGGAAGAUACAAAUAAGGUAUUUAUGAAGGUAAUCAUAUUUUCAUGUGUUGUAAAUAUUCUCAUUAGUGACAAAAGAAAUAUGCAACACUUGUUGACUGCCUGAACGACUUUGUUUCGUUGCCUGACAACCUAUGCGACUUACAUGUACUACCUGUUUCGAUGUGAUGGGUCACAAAUAUGCUUUCGCUUUUAGUAAUGCCCAGUUCAAUUUUAUUUCAUUUAUGAAGAAAUUUUAGCUGUUACUACAUUCAUUUGCAGUUGCGUUUUGACUAAAUGUAAACCAUGACCAGAUUUAGUUAUUGUUUUAAAAAUGCCCUGAUGUGGUUUAAGAAUUAAACCACAAUUUAAUCAUAGUAAUGUGAUACCAACACAAUGAAAUGGCCAACAGUGGGUUCUCAUUGGUGCAUGGUUUGUUAUUUACAGAAAUGAUUUGUCAUAAUGAAUUGAUUUAAUGUUCGCAAUAAAGUUUAUACCAAAAUU